CCGCCCCUCCCCGGGCGCGCGGAGCCCAUCGGGAGCGGCCUCCGCCGCGGGGCCCUGGGGGCGGGGCUCGGAGGGCGGGCGGCCAAUGGGCGUGAAGCUCGUCGGCGUUCCUAGGCGGUGCCGCGGCUUCCUCCUCCUCCCCUCCCCUCCCGGGCCGGGGCGCGCGCGCGCGCGCUCCGAGGGCGGCUCCGCCUCCGCGGGCUCGCGACUCUUAGGCCGUGUCCGAGGCCGAGCCCGGCUCCGGUUCCGGGUCCGAGUCUGGGGCGUGGCGGAGGUGGAAGCCCGAGUGCGGGCCAUGGCGGAGCGGGAGCGCGGCGGCGGGGGAGGCGGCGGCGGCGGCGGGGGGCUGGAGGCCGGGGCGCUGCCGCCCGACGUGCGCGAGGGCCUGGCCGAGCUGGAGCUGGAGCUGUCUGAGGGGGACAUCACGCAGAAAGGCUACGAGAAGAAGAGGGCAAAGCUGCUGGCGCGCUACAUCCCACUCAUCCAAGGUGAGAGCCUGCCUUGUCUCGGCCUUCCCGGGAGUUUGGGCAUAGGCUUUGUCCCAUCUGGUCUGACGAAGAGGGGCAGUGGGAACCUGCCAACCCAGGCGCCGGUGUUUGCGCAUCCCGUUUCAGACCUUAGGGGAACUUGGGCAAACAUGGGGGCUGAUCGCUUAGUCUUAGAAUCAAUUACAGCAACUGAGGUCACAUUUCAAAGCGUGGGGGGGGCACUGCACAACCCUGCCCGAUCCCGCUCGUGCGGCGUGUCCGAGCCUCGGGCCCUUUGGAGGGGCACCGUGGCAUGGGAACAAGGGGAGUGUGAGGAGCUGGCAGGGGCUGGGACACAGAUCCAGUGGCUCAGAGUGGGGAGACUCUGGCGGCCGCCUGGCAUGCCCGCUCUGCCCGGCUGUCCCGUGGGCAGCAAAGGAGGGGCUCUGGGUCCACGGGUCACUUGGUCCUCGGCCCCUCUGCUUCCUGUGGCGGUUGGAGCUCCAGGCCUCCAUUCUGAACGGUUUGGGGCCGAGGGUAGCCCAGAUGGCCGAGGUCUGCAGCCGGCUUCUGGCUUGCGCCACUUUGAUUCAAUCUUGGUGGACUGCCCGCCCCCGUUUUGCAGACCGCCGGCCACCCGACAGUGGCCGAUGGCACGGGACGGCCCCUGCCCAAGUGCCAGGCCUGGAGCCCUCAAGCGCUUCCGAUCCGCUCAGGGGGCCCCGACCCCCUUCGUUAUUCCAUCCAAACACCCCUCGGCCUCAGAAGAUGAGGGCUCGCUCCGGCGGCAAGGGCGACUCGCUUCCGCUCCGUUCCAGAGCCAUUCCAACGUAGAGCCCUGGCUCCAUCGGGUCAUUCAGGGCUCCUCCACCUCAUCCUCCGCAUCUUCCACUUCAUCCCACCCGGGAGGGAAACCUGCUGCCGCUUCCAAUACGGCUCCCGCCGCCGCCGCCGCCGCCGCCACAGUGCUUGCAGAUCUCAUGGCCCACGCUCAGCUAGGUGUGCCCGUCAGCAGCAGGGUCUCCUCCAAGAUCCAGCAGCUCCUGAACACCCUGAAGAGGCCCAAGCGGCCCCCCCUGAAGGAGUUCUUUGUGGACGACUUUGAGGAGCUCCUGGAAGUACCACCGGACCCCCAACCACCGGGCCCGAGGGCCCCGGCCGGUCCAGGGGAGCCCCCUUCCAGCCGGCCUCCGUCCCUCCUGGCGGCCCUGCAGCGCUGGGGCACCACGCAGCUCAAGGCCCCUUCCACGUUUUGAACGACGAAAGCCGCUUACACCCUGACUUUAGGCAAACUUUGGAGCCGAAGCGUGAAGCUGUCGUACACCCUCCUCAACAAGCUCACCAGCAAGAACGAGCCCCUGCUGAAACCUGGAGACCGGGUGGCGCUCGUCUUCCCGAACAGCGACCCCGUGAUGUUCAUGGUGGCGUUCUACGGGUGCCUCCUGGCAGAACUCAUCCCUGUGCCGAUAGAAGUGCCGUUAACGAGGAAGGACGCCGGGAGCCAACAGAUCGGCUUCCUCCUGGGCAGCUGUGGCGUGACGCUGGCCCUGACCACGGACGCCGUCGAAGGGGUGCCGGCCCCACAGGAGAAGGGCCCCGGGGGCCGCUGUUUGGAGGCCUUUGGGGGGUCCUGGGGCACCACGGGGCACACGGGCGGGCCCCUGGUUCCGGGGCCCCGGGCCCGGCUCAUCGGGUACCGGCCUCUUCCCCAGCCCCGGGCCUGGCUCACGGCACGUUUCCUUCCUUCCCAGUACAAGACGAGCAAGGAAGGCAGCGCGGUGGGGAUCACCGUGUCUCACGCCUCUGCCCUGGCCCAGUGCCACGCCUUGAGCCAAGCCUGCGGCUACUCCGAGGGUGAGUCUGCGCGUGGGGGCGUCGUGGGGGGCGGCAGCAGGCAGGGUCCCGGCUCUGGGGAUGGUCUUGGCCGCUUCACGCCCGCUGUCCCGGUCCUUGGCCCAGCACAGCCCGGAGCUACCGGCCCCGGCGGUGCCCCCGGAAGGGCGGCCCGCUGGGGCAGCUUUAACGCGCCUUGUUGCCAGCCGGACGCACCAAUGCUGGACUUCAAAGGGACGCCGCCGGGCAGGAGCUCUGUCCCGCCCCGCACAGCCCGGGUGGCGUUAGUCAAAUCCCGAGACAUGCACUGGUCCCUCCUGGCCCAGCGAGAUCAGAGGGACGUCAGCCUGAGCUCCCUGCGGAUGCUGAUCGUGGCCGACGGAGCGAACCCGUGGUCGGUGUCGUCCUGUGAUGCCUUCCUCAAUGUCUUUCAGUCCAGAGGGUUGAGGCCUGAGGUCAUCUGCCCCUGCGCCAGCUCCUCGGAGGCACUCACUGUCGCCAUCCGCAGGCCCCCUGAUUCCGGCGGCCCCCCCCCGGGCAAAGCCGUGCUGUCCAUGAACGGCCUCAGCCACGGCGUCAUCCGAGUGGACACGGAAGAAAAGCUGUCCGUGCUGACUGUGCAGGACGUCGGCCAGGCGAUGCCGGGAGCCAGCGUGUGUGUGGUGAAGGUGGAAGGUCCCCCUUAUCUCUGCCGAACAGACGAAGUGGGAGAAGUGUGUGUGUGUUCGGGAGCCACUGGCGCCGCCUACUACGGCCUGGUCGGGAUCACCAAGAACGUCUUUGAGACGGUGCCAGUCACGGCAGGAGGCACGCCCAUUUCUGACCAGCCCUUCACCAGGACCGGCCUGCUGGGCUUCAUCGGGCCAGACCAGUUGGUGUUUGUCGUGGGCAAGCUGGAUGGGCUGAUGGUGGUCGGCCUCCGCAGGCACAACGCGGACGACGUGGUGGCCACCGCUCUGGCAGUGGAACCGAUGAAGUUCGUCUACAGAGGAAGAAUAGCCGUGUUCUCAGUGACCGUCCUCCACGACGACCGCAUAGUGCUGGUGGCCGAGCAGCGUCCUGACGCGUCCGAGGAGGACAGUUUCCAGUGGAUGAGCCGCGUCCUGCAGGCGAUAGACAGCAUCCAUCAGGUCGGCGUGUACUGCCUGGCCCUGGUCCCUGCCAACACUCUGCCCAAAGCGCCGCUCGGGGGGAUCCACAUCUCCGAAACCAAGCAGCGCUUUCUCGAGGGCUCUCUGCACCCCUGCAACGUGCUCAUGUGCCCCCACACCUGCGUCACCAACCUGCCCAAGCCGCGCCAGAAGCAGCCAGAAGUUGGCCCCGCCUCCAUGAUCGUCGGGAACCUCGUCGCCGGGAAGCGCAUCGCUCAGGCUUCAGGGAGAGACGUCACCCAGCUGGAGGACAACGACCAGGCAAGAAAGUUUCUGUACCUGGCGGACGUGCUGCAGUGGCGGGCCCAGACCACCCCCGACCACCCUCUGUUCCUGCUGCUGAACGCCAAGGGCACGGUCACCAGCACCGCCACCUGCAUCCAGCUGCACAAGAAGGCCGAGAGAGUCGCCGCGGCCUUGACGGAGCGGGGCCGGCUGAACGUGGGCGACCACGUGGCCCUGGUGUACCCCCCAGGCGUGGACCUCAUCGCCACCUUCUACGGCUGCCUCUACGCCGGCUGCGUCCCCAUCACGGUGCGCCCCCCUCACCCCCAGAAUCUCGCCACCACCCUGCCCACCGUCAAGAUGAUCGUCGAGGUCAGCAAGUCCACCUGUAUUCUGACAACCCAAGCCAUAAUGAAGCUGCUCAAAUCCAAGGAAGCAGGCGCUGCCGUGGACGUGAAGACGUGGCCGACCAUCUUAGACACAGAUGACCUCCCAAAGAAGAGAGUAGCCAGUGUUUUCCGGCCGCCCUCCCCCGACACGCUGGCGUACUUAGACUUCAGUGUCUCCACCACGGGCAUAUUGGCAGGAGUCAAGAUGUCGCACGCGGCCACAAGUGCCUUAUGCCGGUCCAUCAAGCUUCAGUGCGAGCUGUAUCCGUCCCGGCAGAUUGCCGUCUGCCUGGACCCCUACUGUGGCCUGGGCUUCGCCCUCUGGUGCUUGUGCAGUGUCUACUCGGGACACCAGUCGCUCCUGGUGCCUCCGCUCGAGCUCGAGAACAACGUGUCCCUGUGGCUGUCGGCCGUGAGCCAGUACCGCGUGCGUGUCACCUUCUGCUCUUACUCGGUCAUGGAGAUGUGCACCAAAGGCCUGGGGACGCAGACGGAUCUCCUCAGGGCCAAAAGCGUGAACCUGUCGUGCGUGCGCACCUGCAUGGUGGUCGCGGAGGAGCGACCCCGGAUCGCGCUCACCCAGUCCUUCUCCAAGCUCUUCAAGGACCUGGGCCUGUCUGCACGCGCCGUGAGCACCACCUUCGGCUGCCGGGUGAACGUUGCCAUCUGCCUCCAGCCCAACAGGCUGGGAAAGCUGGCUGAGCAGGGCACGGCCGGCCCCGACCCUACCACGGUGUACGUCGACAUGCGGGCACUGCGCCAUGACAGGGUGCGCCUGGUGGAGCGGGGCUCUCCGCACAGUUUACCCUUGAUGGAGUCUGGAAAGAUCCUUCCCGGGGUCAAAGUCAUCAUUGCGCACACAGAAACGAAGGGCCCCCUCGGCGACUCCCACCUGGGUGAGAUCUGGGUGAGCAGUCCCCACAACGCCACGGGCUACUACACGGUCUAUGGGGAAGAGUCCCUGCACGCUGACCACUUCAGUGCCCGGCUCAGCUUCGGAGACACCCAGACCAUCUGGGCCAGGACGGGCUACCUGGGCUUCCUCCGGAGAACAGAUCUCACCGAUGCCAGCGGAGAGAGGCACGACGCCCUGUAUGUGGUCGGCUCUCUGGACGAGACCCUGGAGCUGAGGGGCAUGCGCUACCACCCAAUCGACAUCGAGACCUCCGUGAUCAGGGCCCACAAGAGCAUUGCGGAGUGUGCCGUGUUUACGUGGACCAACCUGCUGGUGGUGGUGGUGGAGCUGGAAGGCCCCGAGCAGGAGGCCUUGGACUUGGUGGCCCUGGUGACCAACGUGGUUCUCGAGGAGCACUUUCUCAUCGUGGGCGUGGUGGUCAUCGUGGACCCUGGAGUCAUCCCCAUCAAUUCUCGGGGGGAAAAGCAGCGCAUGCACUUGCGGGAUGGAUUCCUAGCCGACCAGCUGGACCCCAUUUACGUGGCCUACAACAUGUGAAGGCGGGGCCUCGGGGCCCCAGCACUGAGAUCCUGCGCCCCCUGGUCGGAGCCAGAGCCCCCGGGGGGUCGGGAGCCAGGCUUCAGUGACUGCCCUCUCUGACGAUUGGCGGGACCCGCUGGGGAGUUCUUUGAGAUGUGCCCGAGACUGCACCCGGACGUCCCCAGUUUGGGGCCCUGGGCUGGCGGGGGAGGGGUGGGCCCUGCUGUGUCGUGCUGGGGGGUGGGGGGGCUGGCACUGGCACGUGCCUCGGGGCUUUGCUCUCUACUGUAUCCUGUACUGUAUCGCACAUGUCGGAGACGCGCUCCCUGCUGCUUCGUGGGGUUGUUGCUUGACUUCUUCCCUCCCCCGUGGAGUAGAUGGCGCCAUUCGUCCGCCGGCACAUCUGGAAGGGACCAGAGAAGCAAACCGGUGCAGCCCCCUCCUCGUAAAGGGAAGCGCCGGGCCCAGAAAGGGGAAACGGCAGGGUCAGCGGGACCCAGGCGGCCUGGGCCCCCCGUAUCAUGCUGCUCCCCCCGAACGCCCACUCUUGUUUCUCGGUUACCAAAUGGAAACCCUUCAGAAGUGAAUUCUGCAUAAUCCAAGUUACUAACCCUUACUAAUAGUGCCAUACUGGGCCAGACCCAGGGAGAAGCCUUCGCACUCAGCUUCCCCGCUUGGGUCCGGAACUUCACGUGACAGAGAUACUCGUUCCCAUGACACGAUGUUUGUGGGGAAAGUUAUUAUCCACACAGGAAUUUGGGGGGUGCUUGUUUCUUUCCAGAUCCCUGAGAUCCGAGGCGUCGGGCUGGGGGGCCCGCCUGGAAAAGGCCUCCGUGGUUCCGGUGUCCCCCAGGGGAAGCUCUGGAAACCUUGUCUCGCAGACACACGCACACAUACAGGGGCUCGCGCGGCCCUUCGGCGGGCUGACCCUCCCGCUGCUGCUGCUGGACACGCUUUGCCGUGGGACGUGGCUUGGGCCAGGUGCCCCCUCGACUCACCAGCUGGAAUAUCGGCCCGAGAGACGGCUGCAGCGAAGGGGCAUCGGAGAAGAAGGGGGACCCCUCCAGCCACUCCGAGUGUUUGAAGACGGACACGAGUCUAGCAAAUAGAUUAUUUUUAUACGCUACUAAAAAAUUCUGUUCUAAAGGUGAGGUUUGGGGGGCCGGGGGAUGUCGGACGCACGGGCUCACGGAGCGCCAGGUUUCUCUGCAAGGUGAGGAGUCGGCCCGGAUCAGUGCCUAAGAAAGCUGGUGGUUCUCCAGGUUACAGCAACCAAACCAGAUGAGCCUCGUGACACGGCGGGCCCAUUGUGGAGCCCGUCCCUUAUUGGCCAACAGCAGCCCCUACAGAGGAGUUCUGUUUGUCCUCGCGGUGUUCGACUGUGGUGUAUGAUACAAAUGCUUAUUAGAACUAAUGACCUCGUGUAAUUAUGUACAGAAUUGUAUAACUUAUUGUUUGAAGCCCGGAGGUCCGACUAACGGACGUUCCUUAGAAGGGGAUGGCUGACGAGGGAGAAGAACCACCUGACCCCAACUUUAUGUUGUAGUUUUAUAGCAAAUAAAGCCUUGUAAGAUUUUUGUAUUGAAAGAUCGGUGACAGGAAGACGAGUUGCCUUGUAAAGUAAGAUUUUCAAAAGCACAUUAAAAACAUUUAAAAUGA